AUGUUCUCCAACUCAGCCUCGACACCAGGUUCGGGAUCAGGUUCGGGCUCAGGCUCGGCAGGCGGAGGGAUAUUCGGCGCGGCAUUCUCCGGUUCGGGUCUCUCGGGCCCGGCGGAUGGCACCGGCGGAGAUGCGGGCGGUAGCGGGACUGGCGGCGGGUUCUCGGGGUUCCACCCGAUCGCGCGAGGCAACAGCGCGCCGCCGCAGUUCCUUCAAAACGCCAUGCUGAAAUGGUCUCCGCCCAGUUCUCCCCCCGCCGGAGGUAUGUUCGACCCCGCGCCAGCGGCGGAGGCCUCUAAGCCGCCGCGCGCGGGGGGAAGCGAGCACCCGUUCUCCCCGUCGUUCUUCCCCACGUCCCCCUCGCUGCCUUCCCCCGCGUCGCUCGACGUCGUCCCCGAGGAGGACGUCUUUCUGGGCGCCGAGGACGCGGACUCUGCGCCGGCGAUAGCGGAGGCGGCGGAGGCGGAGAAGGCGGGCGGAGGAACGAGAGAUGGUAAGAAUAACGGAGAGGGUAAUAACGAGGAUAAUGCGAGCAGUGCAGCGGCUUCUGCGACUGCGGUUAUUCCUUUACUCGACGAUGGAGAUGCUGUGUUCUUCGGUACGCCGGCGAAGCAGCCGCCCGUCCCGCUGCCCAUCGAAGAGCCUGUUCUCUUCGGCGAGGCGGGGGGGGCGGGGGGGGGCGGAGGGGAGAAUGCAAGCGCAGGCGGAGACGCCUCCCCCGGGCUGUUUGACCAGGCGUUUGCUAACUCGAGCAAUAACAGCACACCGCGCGGGUCAGUAGAUAUGACGGGCAGUGGGGAAGUGUUUUCUGUUGGCGAUGGGGCGGAAGGAAAGGACACGUUAGGGCCCCGCCAUGGGAGCACGGGGCACGGCGCAUCACCAUCAAUGGGGGGAGCGGGCGGAAUGGGGGGAGGCGCAGGGGCAGGAGGCGCAGGGGCGGGAGGGGCGGGAGACGCUGCGUCGGUGCUGGCAGGGUGGGGGUUGUUGUCAGCAGGGGGCAGCGGGUCGUUCGGCGCGACUGGCGCUUUAAAGAGCCCUAACUCGUUCGGAGGGACCUCGCACGCUACUAACCCUGCUGAAGCUGCCAAGCCUCUCGUUCGGGCUUCCUCCGUGCCUACCAUCACGUUCGGACCUGUCGUUGUAGGUUCGGAGGUGGUUCCGAGCCUGAACCCCGUGCCGCUGGGAACGCGCAAGCCCCGCCCGCCAAUCAGCCACGCGUCCCUGCCGUCUAACCAGCAGCAGCCGCCGUUGCCGAGCCUGCAGCGCUCGCCCGGUAGCGGAAGCUCGGGCGGAGGUUCGGAAAAGAGGUUCGGCAUGGGGAGGCAUGGGAUGAGCGGCCUAAGCAGGGGGAGCCCCCCCGCGAAAGUAGGAAGGGAGGCGGGAAAAGGGGGAGUGUAUGUUGUGGGCGGGUAUUUGCUGUCUACUCUUUUAAUGAUUAAAGGAGCGGAUGAUAACGAGGAUAUGUAUGAGGACGAGGAGGAUUUGGGGUAUGUGAGGCGGGCAGUGGGGAACGAGGAGCAGUUUAUGCUAAUAGAGGCGGAUCCGGGGGAUGAUCCCGAGGACGCGGAGGAGGCGGAGGGCACGGUGGGCGGAAAGGGGGAAGGUGAGGGGAAAGCUGGAGAGGGGAAGGGGGGGCAAGGCAGCGCGGGGGGGGACGGGGAAGGGAAGGGGAGCAAGGGGAAGGAAGCGGGGAAGAGUGGGAAAGAGGGGAAGCGGGAUUCGGAAGGGGGGGAUGAGGAGAUGUAUUUUUCAGGGGAGGACUCGUAUCAAGAAGCAGAGGGGGGGGAGGAAGGGGCGGAGGGAGGCGGGGGAAGCGAGGCGGAAGGCGCUGCGGGGGGAAAAGGGCACCGAUCGGUUCCGAGCUUUGGAGUGGUGGAUGCGUGGGAUGGGAUGUUCGACAAGGGGGGGGCGGAGGGAACGAACGGCGCGCGGAACGGGGGAGGAGCGGAGGGGAGGGGCGCAGGCGCAGGGGCGCGGCAGAAGCGGCAGGGCGGAAAGGGGCAGCUGAGCGGGCAGCUAGAGGAGGGCGAAGAGGGGGAAGGGGACGAGGACGAGGGGGAGGAGGGGGAGGAGGGCGAGGAGGGGGAGUUUUACGAGGGGCAAUCUGUGGGCGCGGAUGCGGGGAGCUCUAUGCUGGGGUCUGUGCAAGACCUGGAUGAGGACUGCGCGCACCCCACCCCCACCGGCUCCCGCCCCCGCCUUGGCGUUCUCAGUGACGAGGAGGCGGAGGGGGAGGCGGAGGGGGAAGGAGAAGACGCGCUGGGGAAGGGGAUGAGGGAGAGGGCGGAGGGAGGGGGGAAAACGGAGGGAGGUGCGAGGGGCACAGGCACAGGCGCAGGCACAGGGCUGUUUGUGUCUACCGCAGCAGCAGCAGCAGGAACAGGACAGGGCGGCGCUGCUGGGGCCGCCAGUGCCGCUGCUGAUGCUGCUGCUGGGGGCAGCGGCGGGUUUGGUGACUCCUUCUCAGGCGGAUUCUCCUUCCCCUCGCCGUCCAGUGAAGGCCUUUCCAGGGAAGGUUCUGGGUGGUCGGGAGGCGGCGGGACGCCUGGGGGGGACGCGGUCAAUAUCAGCCCUUCGGACACUCUGGGCGGAGGGGGGAGCGGAGCGGGGCGAGGGGGAGCGGGAGGGGGCGCGGGGGAAGCCGGGGGGCUGGCGGAUGAGCUGGCGAGCGGGCUGGAGCGGAUGGGGAGCGUGGCGGAUAGUACCCUGGAGGUAUGGAAGCGGCAGGCUAGUGGCACAUUCGCUAAAGUCACUGCCAUGGACUGGGAUCCCCCCGCUGCUGCUGCUGCCACUGGGGGAGUUACUGCUGGUGGGGCUGGCGCGGGUGGGGAGGAGAAGAGGGCGAAGAGUGGGGGGAAGAAGGAGGAAGAGGAUGCGGAGGCAGGCGGCAGGGGCGGUGAUGACAUGCAAACGGACGGGGAUGUGGCUGUGAAAGGCAGUGGGGGGAGUAAGAAGGGGAAGGGGAAAGGGAAGGGGGCGAAGGCGGAGGAGGAGGGGAAGGAUGGGGCGGGAAAGAAGGGGGAUGAGGGCGAGGAGGAAGCGGGAGAGAAGGGGGAGGGCGAGGUGGAGGGGACGAAGAAAGGAGCGGAGGGGAAGGAGAAGGCGGGAGGGGGUGGCGAGGAGAAGGAGGAGUUUGAGAUCUUCAACCUGCGUGUCAUUCACCGCAAGAACAGGUGCGUGCGCAUGGGGUGGCCACAGAUGAGUGCUUGGGUCGCGGGUGGUUGGGAAGUGCAGAUGGGCUCAGCAGCCUUCAACGCCAUGCAUACCAAGCGCAUGGAGACCAAACGCUCUUCCCCUUCCUUGUAUGUCCCCCACAUCCCCACCAGAACGGGGUUUGAGGAGGAGAAGGACUUCCCAGUGGUGCUCAACUCGGUCAUCGCAGGGCGCUACUACGUGACAGAGUACCUGGGGUCAGCGGCCUUCAGCAAGGCGAUCCAAGCUCAUGAUCUGCACACGGGCAUGGACGUGUGCAUGAAGAUCAUCAAGAACAACAAAGACUUCUUUGACCAGAGCCUGGACGAGAUCAAGCUGCUCAAGUUCAUCAACCGGCAUGAUCCGGCAGACGAGCAUCACCUGCUGCGGCUUUAUGAUUACUUCUACCACCGGGAGCACCUGUUCAUCAUAUGUGAGCUACUGCGUGCCAACCUGUACGAGUUCCACAAGUACAACCGCGAGUCGGGCGGCGAGGCCUACUUCAACAUGCCUCGCAUCCAGUCCAUAGCCAAGCAGAUCCUGCAGGCCCUGCGCUUCAUGCACUCCCUCGGGCUGAUCCACUGCGACUUAAAGCCCGAGAACAUCCUGAUCAAGAGCUACUCGCGGUGCCUGGUGAAGGUGAUCGACAUCGGCAGCAGCUGCUUCACAACGGACCACCUGUGCUCGUACGUGCAGUCGCGCUCGUACCGCGCGCCCGAGGUCAUCCUGGGGCUGCCCUACGGGCCCAAGAUCGACAUCUGGUCCCUCGGCUGCAUCCUCGCUGAACUCUGCUCCGGACAGGUGCUGUUUCAGAACGACUCGCUGGCGACACUGUUGGCGCGGGUGGUGGGCAUCAUCGGCCCCAUCGACCCGCGCCUGCUGCGCAAGGCCCGCGACCGCCACAAGUACUUCACCAAGCGCAACGUGCUCUACGAACGCAACCCGGAGACGGAGCAGCUGGAGUAUCUGGUGCCAAAGAAGACCUCCCUGCAGCACCGCCUGCAGCAGGGCGAUGCGGGGUUUGUGCAGUUUGUGGCAUCGCUGCUGCAGGUGGAUCCCGACAAACGCCCCACUGCCGCCCAGGCCCUCAAACACCCCUGGCUCUCCCACCCCUAUGACCCCAUCACAUGA